GCGCCGAGCCGCGCCGAGCCGCGCCGCCUCACCCGGCAGCAGCGGCGGCGACGCAGGUGCCCCCGCCGCUCUCGGAGGUCGCCGGGGCCGCCCCCCCCUCCCCCGGCAGAGCCUCAAGGCGGCCGCCGCCGCGCCGGCGCCUCUCCCGCCGCGGUCAGCUGCAGAACUUGUAGGUUGCCAUGUUAAUGUUGCUUGCUUUUGGAUUGCUACUGCAAGAAAUCCUGGCUAAUUCCCAAGAUGAAAAUCUUACUGAAUUCAAAAGCACUGUGGAAGAGCCAUCAUACAGCUACAGAACUAUCAACUUGCCCGAUGAGCAUAUUCCUUACUUUCUGCACAACAAUCAGCAUAUUGCCAGCAUCUGUAAGCAGGACUCUCUUUGCCCGUAUAAAAAAUACUUGAAGAAACUGAAAUCCUGCUGGGGUUAUGAGAAAUCCUGCAAAUCAGAAUACAGGUUCAGUUACCCGGUGUGUGAUUAUGUUGAAACUGGAUGGGCAAGUGACAUUGAGACAGCCCAACAGAUAUUCUGGAAACAAGCUGACUUUGGUUAUGUUCGAGAGAGGCUGAAUGAAAUGAAAACCCAUUGUAAGCCUGCAACAACAGGAGAUUCAUCUCUGACCUGUUCUCAGUACCUUCAGCACUGCAGAGCCACAAACUUGUACAUUGAUUUAAGAACUGCAAAGAGAAACCAUGACAGAUUCAAAGAAGAUUUUUUCCAGAAGGGAGAAAUUGGAGGUCAUUGCACCCUUAAUGUUCAAGCAUUUUUGGCUGAAGGUCAACGCAAGAGCCCUCUGCAGUCUUGGUUUGCAGAACUCCAGACAUUUACCACAUUAAACUUCAGGCCCCUAGAAGAUGGCAAAUGUGACAUUAUUAUUGAGAAGCCAACAUACUUCGUGAAGUUGGAUGCAGGUGUUAAUAUGUACCAUCACUUCUGUGACUUCGUCAAUCUUUAUAUUACACAACAUAUCAAUAAUUCAUUCAGUACUGAUGUCAACAUAGUCAUGUGGGAUACAAGCUCAUAUGGCUAUGGUGACUUGUUCAGUGAGACGUGGAAGGCAUUUACUGACUAUGAAAUAAUACACUUGAAAACCUUUGACUCUAAAAGGGUAUGCUUUAAAGAAGCAGUCUUCUCAUUACUGCCUCGAAUGCGAUAUGGCUUGUUUUAUAACACACCAUUGAUCUCUGGCUGUCAUGGUACAGGACUAUUUAGAGCAUUUUCUCAGCAUGUAUUACACAGAUUAAAUAUCACACAAGAAGGACCAAAGGAUGGGAAAAUUCGAGUCACAAUACUUGCACGCAGUACAGAUUACCGGAAAAUAUUGAAUCAGAAUGAGCUUGUGAAUGCUUUGAAAACAGUAUCGACGUUGGAGGUCAAAGUGGUAGACUACAAGUACAAGGAACUUGAAUUUUCAGAGCAAUUGAGAAUUACACAUAACUCUGAUAUAUUCAUUGGGAUGCAUGGAGCUGGACUUACCCAUUUGCUUUUUCUGCCGGACUGGGCUGUUGUUUUUGAGCUGUAUAAUUGUGAAGACGAACGUUGUUACCUGGAUUUAGCAAGGCUGAGAGGCAUUCACUACAUCACUUGGCAAAAAAGGAAUAAAGUAUUUCCUCAAGAUCAGGGACACCACCCAACACUGGGAGAACAUCCAAAAUUUACAAACUAUUCCUUUGAUGUGGAAGAAUUUAUGUACUUGGUUCUUCUGGCUGCAAAUCAUGUUUCACAACAUUCCAAGUGGCCAUUUAGGGUAAAACAUGAUGAAUUCUAAAUUAGACUUCAGACUGAAAUAUUAUUUUAAAUAAUGCUUCAUAAAGAUAUUGUAACAACAUAAAGCAAAAUGCUGGUGUGAAAUAUGUAAACCUCUAGGAGGGAAACAAUCCAUUUUUAAUUUGUCAAACCAGUUCAUGACACCAUACUGUAUCUUCGUAUUCCUCCUCUUUAAUUUUAGUGGUUUUCCAUAUGUAAAAGCUAUCAGGACUUCUUCUGCUCUAUUCUUGCAUCCCAAAUUCUGAACUAUUAGUUCAUUAAAAAAAAUAGUCUGUACAUUUCAUGUAACGUUAUCUUGGGUAGGUAUUUGUCUUGUAGUAAUUUAUGCUUGUUAUGUGAAGUGGGGAAAUGCUAGAGGAUGGAGAGUAGUACGUAUUGAUUUCUCAAUAUAGUCUCUAUGAGAAUGAAAUAGGCCUAUCACAGAGUUCUUCUGUUCCUCUUUAAGAGCUGGAUGCUUUUAUACUGUAGUAGUGUACCUCCAAGUGAAAAUCUGGAAAGGACUUGACUUGUCUUCCUGUUAUAAGACACUGGUCAGUAUAUCUUUUGUGGUCAGGUUACAUGUCAGGUUGCAGUUUCAGUACGGCCAGUUAGUUCCUUUCAGUCACCAUCCAUGUUAUUGCAAUUCUUGGCCCUGUAUCACUUCUAGAUUUGAAGAUCUUGCUUUGUAAAAUAAUAGUUUUAAGAAUGAAGUGGUUAAGCAAACUUGUAACUUUUCUUGUUUGAUGUAGCAGACACUGCAGCCUCCUAUUUCAAACUUAGACACAUUUUCAAGAUAGAGCGCAGUAUAUCUUAUAUUUUCAUAUCAAAAAAAAAAAAAAAAAAAAAAACUUUGUGACUCUUUCCCCUCUUCUCAUUUUAAAAAUAGUUUUAAAUGUAACAGGUUUGCUCAGUAAGUUUAGUCAGUGAUCUUCCAAAGCACAUAAGGCUUUUCCUAAGUGAAUAUUUACAAACUUCUAGUAAUCCAGGUAUUUCCUACUUUUUCACAUAAAAAUAUACUUUUGCAAUGGAAAACUUGAGAAAAUUGGAAUAAAACUUAAGGUUUUUUUUGAGAAUGCUAAAGAGAAUGGACUACUGGUAUUAUGACAAACGAUAAGGUAUGUAGGGUGUUUUGCAGCUGAAGGGAAAUGAAGUCAUGAGGAACUUAAUUCCUGGGACCAUAUCUCAGUAAUCAUCAGCCUGAUCUCAGUAAUAUUCUUUUCUCACAAGGUUCUGCCAGUCUUUCUGAAACCAGUAUCCUAGCUCACUGUUUUCAAUAAAGACAAUAUUAAGCCAAAACUCAGUGUUCUGUAAAAUUUCCACCUGGAGCUGGCAUCUUUAUGCUAGUGAAACAAAUGUGAGUAGUUCUGUUGUCUUAAAUGGGGCCAGAAGGAUAUAUGUAAAAAAACAAGUUCCAUGAGAUAAAAAGCCAGAGUUCUGUGUUACACUAGUAUAUAUUUUUUUGAUAAUGUAUUCUAAUGACACACUUGCAGUAUAGUCAUACACAGUUUCAGUGGCUUGAAGCAAAGCAUAUGUUUGUAUGCAAAAGCAAGACAGUGUCAGAAUAAAUGUAAAAACUUCAGUGGAAUAAUUGUAGGUAUUAUUGACUUCCAGUCUCUUAAGAGUCGUAGGGAAUUUCACAGAUUGUAGGUAUGUUUACUGACUUGCCUACACUGGCAAAGAUGAGUUACUAUAAGUGUAACUUUCAUACAGAUCUCUCGUGACUUUAAGCAAUGCAUAGGAAGAGCCAAAUAUCGCUGAAACACAGAAUCUAUUAAGGUAUUUGGUGCAAUUUUUAGUUUAGUGCAUGCAUAACUGAUGGUAAAACUGUUUUGCUUUAAAGAAUCAUGGAAGCAAAAUUGCACUUCUUGAUACGAAAAAAAUUGCUUUCUUUGAGAAAUGCAGUUUCCUGUACGUGUUUGUGUUUUUUUUAUCUUGUGGGGUUUUUUUAAAGAAAAAUAUGUAUAAAACUUAAGUCAGUGAAGUGUACAAGUUUGAAAGAAAUAUCUCCAAGUAAAGAAGACACUUAACUAUGAAUGAUGCACAGAUAUAUUUGAUAAAAAACUUUUUAUUAAAGAAUAUAUUGUAGAGCUUUUGAUCAUCAUUUGCCAGGUUUUGUAGGCAAAUGUUUUAAAUGCUCUUAAUUGCAUAGCAUCAUGUCUAUCUUUUUCUGCCAUGACAACCUGAUGUUCAGCUGUCCAAACUGACAUUCAGAUUGGUAGAGUUUUGAGGAAAAUUUUUGUGUAUAUUUAACUUUCUGUACUGCAGGUGAUGCUGUUAAAGCCAGCUUGAAUGCAAGCACAUGCUUGAAUCUUUGCAGAAGCAGCAGCCCACUUGCUGAUGAGGAAUUUCUAUUUCAAGCUGUGUUAGGAUUCACUAAAAUAAGUAGUUGAACAGAUGCCUGAAUGCAUGGAUGAGAGGCUGUGGGGACUUAAUCUAGGGGCAAAAUAUCCUGCCAACACUCUCCAAUUUCAGUAAACUUGAGUGCAAUGUCAACAUUUGAUAACGUGUUCUUCAGUGUUUAUGGGUUAGUAUUACUGGGAUGAAAACAGUAUUUUGGUUAUUUAGCUUUACAAAUAGUCAUACAAUUAUGUUGGCAGAAGAAAGAGGUUUGGUUGGACUAAUGGAAUUUUGCCCAGAAAUCCCCAGAGAGAACUUGGGCAGCAGCAAAGAUUUAGUUCACAUGACCUUCUUCAAGAGGGUUUGGGUCAACUCAGUCUGCCUGGAAAUCAGAAUUUGAUGGAAUCCAUGAGGCUUUCCAGGCCACUUCUUCUUUAGGUAGGGUAUAGCUUUGGAUUUUAUUUUCCUAACAGACUGUGGGAGUUUUGUUCCUUGCUACUUUUGAUUUUUGUGUCUCUAGUGUUGUGGUGAUUCCUUUUCACUACCGUAAGUUUAGAGUCUGUGUUCAAAUGCACAUUGGCAUAAGCAUGAUAAAUUGAGCUUUGGCACUUAAUGAACGUUGCCAGUCCCGAGUACUUUCAGAAUUGCUUGUGAUUCAUGUACAAUUUAAACUGAAAUUCUUUUUUUUUUAAUAAAAAUUAACAUGUAGAUGUA